UACAUUUGAAGUUUGCGAGCAAAGACGAAAGCUUCUUUAACCUAAACGUCACUUUGUAUCCGUUUGAUAAGUUGCUUUUAUCUUUGAUUAGACUUAGCGUCGAGAACACACGCAGUCGCUGCUCCCGUGCGGCAGUGGGACAAUUCGAAAAAUAUCUAACACGCAAUUGGCAUCUAUAUCACAAGCAGUCAAACAGACGCGCAGUAGAUAGUAUAGCAUUGUUCCUCCCCCAUUCGCACAGUGCCGAAUAAUUCCCCGUAUCGUACACGUCGUGCGUUUUUUCGUACGAUCAAUUUUAGCUAGUUUUCGAGCGGCUCUUGCCUACACGUACCUACGAUGAGAAUAAAAUAUUCAACUUCCACCACGCUUCUGCUUUUGCUUACGGUUGGCUUGGCUGCUGUUGUGUCGGAUGCUUCUAUUAUUAAAGCUCCACCAGAACCAUUGCUCACUACUACAACUGCAAUACCUACGUCAACUACGGUUACAUCGGCUCCGACAUCACCAUCUACUGACCCUACUACCAAUUCAACUACUACUACUUCUACUAUUACUACUACAGCAGCAGUACCAACCAAACCUACUACUUCAUCUACAUCAUUUACAACAGCUGGCACAACAACCAAGUCAACAACUACAUCCAAAUCAGAAACAACGGCUACAAUUACCACAAAUCCCACUGCUAUUCCUUCAGGAGCUUCUACUACAGCUAUUGUACCAAACAUACCUCCUGGAAGACAUUUUGAUGGCUUGAGUUUUAUGGGUGGGAUUAUCAUGACAGCUUGUUUGGUUGGCUUAAGCAUUGGUUCCUACAAGUUUUACAAAAUUAAAACAGAAAGAAGUUACCGCACUCUCUGAGACUAUGCACUGAUACAAACAAUUUAAGAAUCUCAAAGAUUACCAAGCACUGCAAAGCGUGUGAACAGCCACAAAAAUUAUCAGUUUAAUUAUAAUAAUAUGGUAUUUUUUAUAAUGUUUAUAGCAUUGACAAAAUGCUGAAGUGCUCUUAGUAUGUUGACAAAAUGUGCAUAUUUAUACAAUUGAUCUGAUCUAAUAUUAAGUUAUAAAUUGUAGCUUAGCCACUGCGUCGAUAUUAACUACUGAUUUUGAGAAGAGAAUGUAAUUUUAAGUUUCAUUUAUAUUCUACGCACAUUAACGAAACACUUGUGAUCGAUUGUUUUCAAUAGGUGUCUUUAAUAUAAACUAGAAUUUUGAUGCGAGUUACUUUAUGCUUUUUGGAGGAGAAAUUAUAUUAUUAUAUUGUAUAAAUGUAUAAAAAUGUAUGUUGCAUUUUUUUAAACGUACGUAAUAAUAAAGAAUUAAAUCUAAACUUGCCUAAUUAAAAACUAUAUGAAAUAGUUUGAAUCAAGUCAAAUGGUGCUUGAAACCAAAAUCCCUAGGCGAUAUAUGACAUGGUCGUAGUUCGGCCAAUAAAAAAACAGUAUAAGUAUAGUAAUACGCUGCUAGUAGAUAGCAGGGUGAGAGAGCUGGUUCGAUACCAAUGCGAAAACAGCCCGACACAAAUAACAUUUUAUUAAAAAAAAUGAUCACAUCUCACGUAUGUAUAAUUGUACUUCUCGAAAAAAUAAUUAUUUGUUAUUGUACU